AGGACAGGAGCAUCUUCAUUUCCCAGCCCAGCGCCGGUCUUCAUUCUCAGCACACUGUGUGUGUAUAUAUAAAUGAACAUAUAUAUACAUAUAUAUAUAUACACCGACUUUUGUUCCUCUGACAGCGGGGGAACAUGGCAGCACGGGAAAACGAUGCAGAUUUCAUUCCUGGGUCUGAGACUCGGCAGGAAAACGGCUGCUUUCUUCGGGGGAAAGAGAUCUUCCUGCUGGAUUAACAAAGUGAAGGACAAUUUCAUUCGUUUGUUAUUGUGUUGCUUGGUUUCAGUCGAGAUCCAGGACAAAAAAAGGGUCAAAACGGCAGGUUGGAUAUUAUCAGGCUGUUCUUAUGACUUGGGAAAAUGUUACACUAAAGACAGUUGCUUUUAAAAUAACUGAUUUCCUAUAGAAAAAAAAGGAAAAGCUUCUUUUUUAUAAGAAAUUUUAAUUAUUGAGAUAUUUUAAAGCUUUUUGGCCUGCUGGUUCCAAGGGAGAGAAAAUUAAACAAAAUUUUGGUGGAAUUUCAAUUGCAAAAAAAAAAAAAAAAAAAGAUCUCAGACAGGGUCACCCAUGUCAAAAAAGAGAUAGAUAUCUAGUUAAGCAGAUAUCUAGUGAACAAUAAAUUCACCACUAACAUUUUAUCACAUCCCCGUGUCAAAUCUACAGCACUAUGAUGAAUUGAUCGAACCCCAGACCAGCGGCGCCUUCAGACGUGACAUUUGUGUAUGUUUGAGUUUUGCAUGUCGAGCGAUGCUGCUGUGUGACCGAGGCGUGCAGAUGCUCAUCACCACAGUGGGCGCGUUUGCUGCCUUCAGCCUCAUGACAAUCGCAGUGGGGACGGACUACUGGCUUUACUCCAGAGGAGUGUGUAAAACCAAAGUCAACCAUGAAAACGAAACGAGCAGGAAAAACGAGGAAGUGAUGACCCACUCGGGAUUGUGGAGAACCUGCUGCCUGGAAGGGACCUUUCGUGGGGUGUGUAAGAAGAUUGAUCACUUUCCUGAGGAUGCUGAUUAUAAACAGGACACGGCUGAGUAUUUACUGCGUGCACUCCGAGCCUCCAGUGUGUUUCCAAUCAUGAGUGUGGGUUUGUUGUUUAUGGGUGGCUUGUGUGUAGCAGCGAGCGAGUUUUACAGGAGCAAACACAAUGUCAUCCUCAGCGCUGGAAUCUUCUUUGUCUCUGCUGGUCUUAGUAACAUUAUUGGAAUAAUUGUCUACAUCUCGGCUAACUCAGGUGACCCAGGUCAGAGUGAGUCGAAGAAGAGUUACUCAUACGGUUGGUCUUUUUAUUUUGGUGCUCUUUCCUUCAUCAUGGCCGAGACAGUUGGGGUUCUUGCUGUGCACAUGUUUAUCGAGAAGCAUCGCAAGCAGCAGCGUGCCAAGACGCUCGUCAAAAAGUCCAGUCUUGGCUUCGGCCGCAUCCCCACCUACCGGUACCGGUUCGGGCGUCGCUCCAGCGAAACGCCAUCGCGCGACGUGCCCAUGUUCACACUCGCACGCGACUCUGACAAAACUGCCGCCGGGAAGCUGCUUGACUCUGACAGGGACUUCCUGCACAACUCUAACGCGAAGGACGCAGCCAAUCGGAGAACAACACCAGUGUGACAAAGAUGGAUUGAUUGAGGGUGGGAAGGAGGACAAGAAACCAUGACCUGACAAAUGGAUGGAAAUCAAACCGCAGGAACAUAAAAGCACACAAGAAGUGACAUCAAAAAAGAACUUUACAAGCCUUCUCUCCUAAUAUAAACCUUCUUCCUAUAAUAAUAUUCAAGUCUAGCUCGUGAUUGUUAGAUCUUUUCAUUCUGUUGACUGGUUUAGGCGAGGAACACAAACACACACUUUUUUGCCACAGCUAGAGUUGUUCACAGAGGCCUAACAGGGAUUCCUUCGAUUUGAACAAAACACAACGGAUAAUAAUUAUUUGGUCGGUUGAUGUUUCCGAGUCCAAGCUAGAUAGUGAUUUUUUUGGUGCUUCCUAUUAUUCCUUGUUCGUUUUCAGUCAAACUUGUCGAUGCAUCCUUGGACCAAGUGCACACUUUGCUCCAGGGUUUAAAGGCGACAUUCCAGCUUUCAAGCCCACAAAGACAAGCUGGGUGCCUACAGAGACCUCACUUAUAAAAACCUCUCUACAUACUUUACGCAGGAAAUGUCUCCACGAAGACAGGAAACUGAGAUGGGAAUUGAGUUCGGUUGUUGAUGCUUCCUAUCGUUUGAAAUUUCUAAGGUAGAAAUGUAGCCUUAAAAAGGUACAGUGGUGGGGGUUUAAGGUCCACUGCUAUACAUUGAAACUGUUCCUCUAACUAAAGGAUAAAGCAAGUACCCGUAAGGGUCCUUCCCCAUUCCAGUGAAACCUUCAAAUUCCAAAAUUUCCCUCUUAUUUAAAAUGUCUUUCUUCCUUUUUCACUCUUCCCCUCAUCUAAUACAAACAGGGUCUUUAAAAAAAGGUUAUUCAUGUACAGACCAUUUCAGUCCCUAUUGUUACAUUUGCCCAUUUACAUUUAAUACUAUUCGAAAUUACAACAGUAACAAAUGUAUAUGUAUUUAUUUAUGCUAUCGUAUUGGAGAACAGCAUCUGCUGAGCCUAGGUUUAUUUCAUCUGUAGAGACAAAAUGCGAUAAAAUAUAUUAGGCACAUUCUCUCUGUAUCCAUAAAGUAAAGACGUUCGGAUGCUGCAAAAUAAAAAUCUCAGAAUAAAGAAAAAGAAUCAUAGUUAACCUUAGGAUUUCAGCAACAUUAAAAAGGAAAAAAAAAAAAAAAAAAAGACACAAUUAGCACUUUUUCAAGUCUAGAGUCAUGCAUUAUUAAAUACACACCUAUAUAAAUGUGAUGUAAAUACAUAGAUAAUAUUCUAAUACAGUAGUUUAGUGAUUGUAUUCACAUCACACCAAGGGCUUUUAAGUUAUUAAAAAAAUAUAUAUGAUGCUUAAAGGGCUUCGAAGACGAUUAAAUUCAACAUAAAGAAAUGCCUGAGGAAAUACCGAAUCAUGUUUUUUUUUUUUCCUCGAUAUGGCACAUUUACAUAUUCAUGUAUUCAAAUGGCCAGAAGGAAUACUGCUAUAAACCUAGUAAUGCAAUGUUACUGCCUUGUACGUUUAUCUUUCUGAAAAAAAAGGUAAAUAAAAUGACAAAGCCAUGCCGAUAUACAGUAUAUCAAAUCGUGUAAAAAAAAAAAAAAUGGAUAAUUUGUCCAUUUUCUGGUCUUGUCGUGUUCAAAUGUUCUUGGGUCAGAUUUUGUCUAAAGGUAAUGGGUCCAAAGACACACCCCUGAAAAUCAUUCGAAGUAGAAUGAUGCCUAAAUUGAAUGGUUCUAAUUAGACUUGUAGUACACCGUUGGCCAUUUUAAGCUAUGUUCCAAAAAUGUAUGUGAGGGAAUAUUUUUAUUACCCAUAAUGCACCGCUACCGUACAUCAGGUUCAACACUAAACCCUACAUUCACACUAUUAAGCAACAAGUCACUAGUGUUGCUUCAGCAUGUAGAGAUCGUGCUCCUGUUGCAGUAGCUAUAAUAUAUAUUUUACAUAUGAAUUAUGUUGAAUAAAUUAGCCAGUGCAAAAAUUGGUUAUAUGUUACAUGCUAAGCUUCAUAUUUUAUAGCGGAUUCGCAAAAACGCACAUAAUCCCUGCUACCUCCUUCCUUAUUUUUUUCGUCCCCUAAUAUGUCUAUAAACAUUUCAUAUACGACAGGAUAAACUCACGGUAUAUAUAUGUUUUUCUUCUAUUUUUAUGUCGAACAAUAAUUCAGUAGGAACUGCACAAGCCAUAAGACUCCGUUUAUACAAGCAGAUCGUUUGCUUAGCAUUGCGUCAUCGGUGAAUUUGUCCCUUUCUAGAGUGAACGCAGGGUAAGAAAUAUAAUGAGCGGCGAGUUGCUUGCGAAAGGAAAAGUUCGCUACGAUAUCUGUAAAGUAGAACUAAAAGGCCAUAUACUGUAUGAUCAGCGUCACUACUGUGAGUGCCCUCUCAGACGUUAAUCUUUAAUUAGCUAGCUACUACAGUACAGAAAGAUUCAAGUGUUCUCGUUCUAGCAACUCUUUUUGUGUAGUAGUGCCCAUGUAUGUACACCACCCGAAUACUCUACACAACCCCACCAACUCCCAACAGGUUCUGGGGUUCUGUUGAGAAAUCUGAUCAGCCCUGUUCUAAAGCUUGCCAUGACUAUUUGGGUUAUUGUUGUGCACUGUUAUACACUGCUGAGUUUUAUUUUGUGUUCUUGAAGUUGUGCUGUUCUAUAUGUAACCUAAUGAGUGUGUAAUGAGUGUGUUUCCUGUAGUGUGCAUUUCUUUAAAAAAAAAAAAAAAGACAAGAAAAAAACAACAAAAAUUACUAUUUUUAGCAUUACACUUUUUCAUUGUUUUGACCUGGAACAAAGGAACAGGUUCAAACGUUUCUUCGUCAUGUUGAAACCUGUGAUAGGACUGUUACUACUCCUGUAAGCCCCACCUCCAUUCCCCUGGCUCAACCAAUCAGGAGUUUGUGCCAUGCAUGUGACCCUUUCGAUGAAAUUUUCGUUUUAGUUUGAACAUGCUGUAGAAAAAAAGCACACCUUUUGAAUACUGUAGUUGAAAUAAAAUUAUUAUAGUCAGAGAUAUAAAAAAAAUAGGUAAUAAAGAACAUUUUAAAACUU